CGACUCUGCCUCCGCCUGGAGUCCCUCCGCAGCAGCCCUGCCAGCGGGCCCGGGAGAGCCGCCCCCGCGCCAUGCCCAGCGCAGGGCUUCGUCUAAACGCUCCUACCUGGUGGCUAGUGACAGUUUUUUCAGUGCAACAAAUUUAUGGGGGCAGAUAUUCAUAUAUUGGUCCAUGUGGAGGACAAGACUGUUCGGUUUGCCAGUGCUUUCCUGAAAAGGGAUCAAGAGGUCAGCCUGGUCACCUAGGGGCUCAAGGUCCAAUUGGAUCUUUGGGAUGUACAGGGCCAGAUGGUUUGCAAGGAGAAAAAGGACAGAGAGGUGAGAAUGGGCUGCCUGGGCCCGCUGGAGAAAAGGGUGAUAAGGGCCCAACAGGAGUCCCAGGAUUUCCUGGUUUAGAUGGUGUGCCUGGAUAUCCUGGAAUUGAAGGGUCCAGGGGCAAACCUGGCUUGGAUGGCUGCAAUGGUUCAAGAGGAGAUCCCGGAUUUCCAGGAGAGAGAGGGUGUAUUGGACCAAGAGGCUCAUUUGGUGUUCUUGGGCAAAAAGGAGAAAAAGGAAACUCUGCAUAUAUUUCAGAUUUCAUUAGAGGUGCUCCAGGAGCAAGAGGUGAACCAGGCCUCCCUGGCAGACCUGGACCUAGAGGAGCUAGGGGGCCAGUGGGCCCACACGGAUUGCCAGGCCAACCAGGCUUGCAGGGAGCUACAGGCCUUCCUGGUUUGCAAGGUGAACAGGGAAAUCCAGGUAUUGGAGUGGAUGGACAAAAGGGGGAGCCGGUAAGCAAACAAUUAAAGGUAUUAAAGGUGGCCUGGAUGUAG